CGGUCCCUCACCUCUGAUCUCUCUCUCCCCCCCCCUUUUCGAUCUCUUCCCUCGUGAGCUGCUCGCGCUCCACUGGAUCUUCUCUUUGUGUUGGGGAGCGCGCGCCUACCCGCGCGGCCGGGGGGGAAGAAGAGAGAAAGAAAUAAUUUGAACUGUAAACUGGCCGUGCGGGCGGGCGCGCGAGACCGAGAGUCGAAGUGGUGAUAGUGGAGGAGCGGGCGGGCGGGCGGAUAGCUUGCGAGGGGGUGGAGUGACAAAAAAAGAGAAAAAAGCAGUAGUGGAAGAAGAAGAAGGAGCCCGGGGACAGUUGUUCGGGGCGGAGGGAUAGACUGGAUAACGUUGUGCUCGCCCGUUGGGAAAGCGCGAGCAGGAAGCUGGAAAUAAACAGGCGGAGGGCACGAUCCGCCGCGCGGGACCUGCGCCUUACCUCAGGCUAUGGCUUUCUGGAUAGGAGUAGAUCAGCCAUGGCGUUAGUAUCCCGUUUUUCCAGAUACAUUCCUGGAGUGCUUGUUCUCUCUGUUUGUUCCUUUCUGUCUCUUCGCACAACUCACUUCAGUGCCUUCAUGGAAGAUUAAGCCUGUUCGAGGCGUCUUCCAGUCUCAUUCUCCCUCCAGUCUGUAAUAGUCUUGUAUCAAGGCAUUGUGAGAGGCAGCAAGGGCAACUGCUGUUGGUUUUCAUUCCUCUCCCCACCGUGAAUGAUUGAAGGGUCUCUCCUUUUGACAAUGAUGAAGACUGAAGGCAAAGGAGAGAGGACUUUAAGAAGUGCUUCUCCACACAGAAACACCUAUAAAGCUGACUUUCAUGCUAUUAAGUGCAGUUUUGAUUCGGUGAACACUGAUAGUGCUUCAAACAGAUCUGGCUCUCAGCAAAAGCUGACCAGCUCAUCCAAUGGAGGAGGUAAUGACCCACAUGUUCGUGGCAGAGCUGUCUCUUAUGGCAACAGAGUACAUAAGAUCAAAAACAUGUUCAUGCAGAUGGGUGGCUCUUCCACUCUACCUUGUGAGAACAGCCCGCCCUCUGAGUCCAAGAUCAUCACCAAAACAGCUGCAACUGACCCUGCACCUCCUUCUCCCAGUAGCCCAUCUUUCUACUUUGUUCAAAAAUAUAAUUUCAAUAUUGACUCCAUCCCUUGUAGUAGUUCCCAGGAUUCUAUAUCUGCUACUUCAUCUACUGACAAAAUUAUCUGCAGCAAUGAUGAAGGACAUCUAGACAAAGCUGCCCUAGCUGAGAAGUUUUCUGAGACUAGGAAACUUUUUGAAAGAAACUUAAAAAAGCCAAGGUCCUUGGAUAGAGGUACUCCCAGCAAAAGUGAAAGGACUGAAGAUAGGAGGAGACAUGGCUCUGCCUCUUCUGAUUGCAGCAGUGUGGUUGAUCACUUUAAUUUCAAUACUGAAGUUAGCUCUCAAGUCACCGGCACCGGAGACAAAGCAGAGAGUCAAGGAAGCAGUGAACACAAGCUGCAGCAGUCCAGCUGUAGAUCCUCCUCACUGAAUGCUGGGCCUAUUUCUAGAAGACUGGAGAGUUACUUGGCUGACAGUGACAGUGAAGAGUCCAAAGACACUUUGAAAAAUGAGGGUACUCUAAGUCCAGUCCAGUCAGCAUUCUGCAGUUGGGAAUCACCAGUGGUUAGGGAAGAACUAUGCUUGAAGCAGAAUCAGCCUGUUUUAGUACCUGCAUUUUUGAGCAGCAGCAAUGUUAGUGAAAGGGAUGAACUGAGUAGGGUCACUGAGGAAGCACCCAAAAGAGAGCACCCAGCUUCUGAGUGGAAUCAGCAGUAUAUUAUUGGCACUUCCACUAAAGUGGAUAGAGCCCCCAUAAAAAUCUCGCAGGUAGAAGUAGUCAGAGCUGAAUUGAUUGUGGUGCAGAAUAAAACUUUAGAGAAUGACAGUGAAAUUGUGGGGGAAGUUAAUGUUUGUCAGAAGGAGAAACCACUCCGAUUCCCAAGUUGGGAAGGGGAAGGAAAUGACCUCAUAUUUGAAGAAACAGAGGAACUUGGUGUGUGCAGUGAGGUCAAUCAGAAAGGAGUAAGAGAGGUGGCUUCUCUGGAUGAAGUUCAAACAAGAGAACGGGACUGUGUAGAACAAGUAGGAGAUAGUGAAGAGGAAGAACAAGAAGUAGAACAGCCAAGAAAUUGUGGAUUUUCUUCCAGUGCUUUUGGGAUAGAGAAUGCAGCUUUUGAUGAUGACAGAGAAACAGAGACAUAUAGUCAGGGCCCUGAAGGAGAAGAAACUUUGCCAGAGGAGGAAUACAAUUAUGCUAGUGAUUAUGAUGAAUUUCCUGGACUUUCCGAAGAAGAAGAUCCUGAUCCAGAUAGGAAAGUAAAAUUUUCCACAGCCCCAAUCAAGGUAUUCAGUACUUACUCAAAUGAAGACUAUGAUAGACGUAAUGAAGAGGUUGACCCUGUGUCAGCAUCAGCAGAGUAUGAACUUGAAAAAAGAGUGGAGAAAAUGGAGGUUUUUCCUGUAGAAAUUGAAAAAGGUGACAGUGGUUUAGGUAUCAGUAUUAUUGGAAUGGGUGUUGGUGCAGAUCAGGGAUUGGAAAAGCUGGGAAUUUUUGUAAAAACAAUUACUGAAGGUGGAGCUGCUCAGAAAGAUGGUCGAAUCCAAGUAAAUGAUCAAAUUGUUGAGGUUGAUGGAAUAAGUCUUGUAGGAGUAACCCAAUUUUUUGCAGCGACUGUACUAAAAAAUACAAAAGGGACAGUCAGGUUUCUGAUUGGAAGAGAAAAACCAGGAACUCAGAGUGAAGUAGCUCGGCUUAUAAGUGAGACAUUGGAGCAGGAGAGAUGUUCGUUUGAGCAGCAAUAUGCCCAUGAAGAUACAGAACAGGAUGAUGAUUAUGAUGAAGAUGAAGAUUCCUUUGAAUCAAAUUUACAUGGAAAAUCAGUGGAAGUGUUUUAUCUUCCUGAAAAUGAAGAUAUUAAUUUGCCACUAGACAUGGAUUCUACACAGUUUCUCCUGAAGUUUAAAGAGCUACAGUUAAAACAUGCAGUUACAACAGCUGAAGUUAACCAACUUAAGGAAAAGUUAAAAGCAACAGAAGCUGACAAGAUUGAAUGGGAGUUAAGUAAAUCCCUGCUCCAGGAAACUUUAAGUGAGAACAAAGAAAAAAUAAAGAAGUUGGAGACCUAUUGGUUAGAAGCACAAAGUUUAUGCAAAACAGUAAAUGAGCAUCUCAAAGAAACUCAGGAACAAUAUGAUGCCCUGGAGAAAAAAUACAACAAGGCCAAGAAGUUGCUCAAAGAAUAUCAGCAGAAAGAAGUAGAACUCAUGAAAAAAGAAGAGGAUCAUACAAAAAUUCUUGAAGAGAGAGACCAGGAGCAUGUAAAUCAGCUGAAAAUAUUGCAGGAGAAGAUUACAGAUCUUGAAGAUAAAUUAAAAAUAUAUGAGAGACUCCCAUAUAUGUUUGGAAAUAGCACUUUAUUAGAAACUGCCACUCCAAGUCCUGAACAACUGACAAAAAACGUUGAAGUAAAGAAUGAUGUUCAAGAAAUUGAGUCUUCUAUACAGAAAUUAGAUUUUUCUGAUUUUGAUACUUUUGUUGGGGACACACCAAGGUUAGACACUAGUGCACAUAAAGCAAAAGCUCAGCUUGCAUUGAAAGUAAAACGUCAGCCACCUUCUUGGUCAAAGCUGAAAGAAUCUCUUGGGUCUGGACAGAAAGAUACUAAUACACAGGAUGUGGAUGAUAAUGAUGAUAAUAUAGAGGAAAGCAUCCAGAGCAAAUCUUCAGAAGUUACAGAGAAGAUAAGUUCAUCACAGCAGAGUGAUGUAGAUCAAAGAGAUAAGCGUGAGCAUUCUGAAAGCACUGACAGUUUAUUAGAAUCUAGUCCAUCAGCUUCUGUGCACUCUUCUCCAGUAUAUAAACCACACACAGUAAAUAGUCCUGAAACAACUCAUUCAGCUUCUAAUGAUGAUAGAACUCCAUAUUCUCCUUCAGGAUACUGCAGAAAUGUUCAGCACAGAGAAUCGAAAGGCAAAGGAAGAGUGAACAACAAAGAUGACAAACGAAAUGAAGAAAAGACUGAAUCAAGUGAAGGUGCCUCUGUGGGAAAGUCCAAAAGACGUUUUCCAGAUUUUGGGGGCCUAAGAAAGUCUGGUGGUAAAGGCAAGAAGCAAGAAAAAGAAAAUGCAAGGGGUUUGCUGGAUGGCCGGGGCUCCCAAGAAUUACUGGAAGGCUCUGUCAACAACUUAUCUGCAUCGGAUUCAGAUUCCCCUAUUCCCACUUGCAUGCCUUUCUCUUGGUUUGGAGACAGCCAUAAGGACCAUAGUUCUAGUAGCACCCUGAGCUUUUCUCAGGGUGGGCAUGAUGUUUUUGAACAGAGCCAAGAGAAGAACAGAAGCAAGAGUAGAAUUGCCAUAGAUGAUUCAUACCAUAGCAAGCCAAGUUGUGAUCUGUCAGGGUUAGUGACAGAGCCACAUCUUUCAGGGCGUUCACACACUUUAACCUUCUCUUCAAACGAGACUUUAGAUGAUGAACCAUCAACUACAGGGAAACAAAACCAGUGGCACAGUAGGCCCAUUUCUGAAUGGACAACACAACAGGUAUGCCAUUGGCUAAUGGGAAUAAACAUGGAGCAGUACAUUGCGGAAUUCACAACCAAGAAUAUAGAUGGACAACAGUUAAUGCUGCUUGACAGUGAGAAAUUGAAGGCCCUAGGAGUAUCCAGUCAAAAUGACCGAUCAACAAUAAAGAAGAAAAUUAAAGAUAUUAAAAAAGCACAAGAAAAGCUGGAGAAACAGAAAGAAAAGUUUCAAAAGAAAGAGAAAGAAGUCCGGAGAAGUGGCAGAGUGGUGGCCACUGUAGAUUCAAGCUGCUAAUAUGAUUUAAGAUACCAUAUGCAACUACUUCAUUUAAUGUAGUCACAAGGGCUAGUGGAACUAUACCAAUGUAAUGUUUCCUUAUCUUUAUUUUAUCAGACUUGCUUCAGGUUGCAGAAGUGUAAGAAUUGUAUAUUACUGUAAAAUUAUGAAUGGGGGAGGGGAGAAAUGAUAGUUUUUACAAUAUAGGGUUUUUAAUCUCCCAUUUCAACAGUCCUUUCUCAUUUAUAUGAUUCAUUAAAUGAAAUAUUUUCAAUUUUUAUACUUAGAUUAUUAAUAUGUACUAAUGAGCAGUAAAUUAACUGUAUUAAGUAAUAUGUAUAUAUGUUUGACUAUUCUAGCUCCCUGAAGUGUCUAUCAGAAGUGGUAUAUACAAUUUUUUAUAAAUAGGAUGUGAACAAAAUUAUAGUAUAAUGUUGGGUGGUAUCUAGUAUAGAGAUAGUAUCAGGUCAUUAUGUUCUGUUGAAGAUAGUUUGUUGCCACUAGUGUUGUAUAGAGGAAAAAUUAAGUUUAAAAAAGUCAUAGAAAGUUAAUUUAAUCGUAUUUCAGAUUUAAUGAUGUUUAAAAUCCUCUGUUCUCCAGAGCUCAAUUUAAAUUCAAAAUGUAUUGUAGUAAUAUAAUUCAUGCUUUGCAUCUUGCUUUCUUAUUUCCUAAAAUAACACUAAUUUUCUAAGUAUGUUGAAGCAGGAUUUCAAAGCAAUUUUAUACACUUUUGUACGGAAUGUGGUUUUAUAGUUCAUUAAAGAUCAGAUUGUAAUACAUACAUUAUGCUUUCCUACUCAAGAUUCUGAGGACCAAAACUAUAUUUUUACUAAAUUUCCAAUGCUUAUUGGUCUUCCAGACUUAAAAUACCAGGUUGGGAAUAGCUAGAAAAAGCAUGAAGUGCUUGGCUGCUGCAUUGUGUAUAAUACACUGUAGACUAUAAAAUGUCUUCCUAUUCAUGAAUUGCAUUUGUUUUCCAGAAUAGUGUAAAACACAAUUGCCAUGUGCUGUUGGGUAACACCACAAUCUGUUGUAGGAAAAAAUAACUACAUUAGCAUGGCACUUUUGAAAAACGGAAUAAAUUUCAUUCAGAAAA